CACAGCUACAGCUCACCCAAAGAUGUUCGCAUUCGCCGCUCUCACCGCCCUCGCCUCGGUUGCGCUCCCGAAGGUCCUCGCCCACGGCGGUGUCCUCUCGUACUCGAACGCGGGCAACUGGUACCAGGGCUGGGCUCCUUACGACACCCCCGUCGGCCAGACCACCAUUCAGCGCCCCUGGUCUAGCUACAACCCCAUCACCGAUGCGACUGACGCUCAGCUCGCUUGCAACGACGACGGCACCCCUGGAGCUCUCCAGCUGACUGCCAACGUCGCGGCCGGCUCUGCCAUCACCGCCUACUGGAACCAGGUCUGGCCCCACCCCUACGGCCCCAUGCUCACGUACCUCGCGCAAUGCCCCGGCACGACCUGCAACGGCGUGAACUCGAACACGCUCAAGUGGUUCAAGAUCGACGAGUCCGGCCUGAUCUCGGGCACGAUCGCGGACGGCUACUGGGGCUCGGGCAAGAUGAUCGACCAGAACUCGUCGUGGACGACGACGAUCCCGUCGACGGUGCCGUCCGGCAACUACCUCAUCCGCUUCGAGACGAUCGCGCUGCACUCCCUCCCCGCGCAGUUCUACCCCGAGUGCGCGCAGAUCCAGAUCACCGGCGGCGGCUCGCGCGCGCCCACCGCGGACGAGCUCGUCACCUUCCCCGGCGCGUACAGCAACUCCGACCCCGGCCUGACCGUCAACCUCUACACCCAGGCCGCUGAGGCCCAGACGACCUACGUCAUCCCCGGACCCCCGCUCUACGGCAGCGGCACUGGCUCUCCCGCCCCUGCCCCGACCACCGCGCCCUCUGCCCCCAAGACGACCGCCGCCCCCGCGCCCGUCUCGUCUGCGCCCUCGCAGGCCGGCACCGUCGCCCAGUUCGGCCAGUGCGGUGGUAUCGGCUUCACCGGCGCCACCGCGUGCCAGGCGCCCUUCACCUGCACCGCCCAGAACGCGUACUACUCUCAAUGCAUCUGAGUUCGGAACUAGAUACACGAGCACGAGGAGGUAGACGGAGAUGGCAGCAGCAUGGGUGGACGCGGGGCGAGGACCGCGCGAAAGCGCUCGGGGGGAGCGCGGCUGCUAGUGUUGUGCUCUGGCUCUUGUUUCAUCGCCGAAUCUCUCUAUAAUGCGAUUUCCUUUUC